AUGCCGCCGUCCACUAAUUCUUACAAGCCGACACAGUUCCAAAAGCUAUGCACGCUCUGGACUCAUGGCGAUGAUUUGUCUCGUGAAGACGUUGUCUUCAACAUCGAUAAAUUCCCGGAGCUUGGUCUGAGCUAUGGCUCUUUAGUUCAGAUCAUUGCCGUCAAGGAUACGAGUGCUGUCAGAGACUUCCAAGGUCUUGUGAGGAACACAUCUUCCGACACGCUCCUCCGCAUCAAAUCAGACAUCAAAGACGCUAAUGUGCGGAGACUGUCGAUUGUUGGUCAGUCUUCAAAGAAAGCUCGUAGGCCAUCUGUAACGCUUACGCUCGAUGAGUCGGGUAUGCCGAUAUCAGGUGGGCGCGAUGUUGACGUCGAGAAGUCAUACAUGUUCGUUUGCAAACCAAUGCCACCGGAGCUGAAGAACCGGUAUCCGCAUCUUCAAGUCACUGUUAGCAAGCACAUCGCUAAGACUAUGGGAUUUCGUGACCGUAUGAGCGUCGUCCUUACAAAUGCUGACGAAAAUAGCAAUUCUGCAUCGCAUGUCGAGAUUACCUUUCGAGAUGAAUAUCUCGCGAGAUCAGACAUGUGGCGUUUGGCCAUUUCUCAGUUGAACCAGAGAACCGUUUACAAAGGGCAAAAUUUACUGUUCCUUAAUACGAUCAAGGCCACAGUGAAGAAUAUAUUUGUGAAUGGCGAGACGAAACACUCGGCCUACUUCUGUCCCUCCACCAAGCCAAUUUUCCGGAGCGAGUCUGCACGCUAUGUUGUCUUCAUACAAAUGUCAAAGGAGAUGUGGGAUUUUGAUACCGAAGGUACCGGAGAGAUCAUGUUCAACAAGGUUAUCAACGGCUUUCUCCCGGAGCUGUUCAAGCGUUGGAUGAGAAUCAAUGCUCGUCAUUUGGUGUCCAUAAUCUUGUUCACGCGUGUCGAGUACGACAAGGACCCUAACAAUGCCACCACCGAGCCUUCAUACAAAGACUUUUAUCGAGUUGUAGUUAGCGAAAUGGCCAACAGUGACUGGAUAAAGAUCUUGUACCAACUCAAGAAGGAAUUUCGCACAUUCCUCCGCGACGUUUCGCUCAUACCGAAGGAAGAGAGCACGACUAACGGGAAAAAGGUUCCUGGUGUCAAGAUUGCCGGCAUUCCCACGACAGCAUCCAAGGGGAACAUUCUGGAGGCAAUCAAUCUCGCCGUUACCCAAUUCUCACAAGAUCAUAUUGACCGAGACUUGGUACGCACCGGUAUUUCUGUGAUAGUCAUCACGCCUGGGACUGGAGUACACGAAGUUGACUACAACAUGCUCAAGCUGACUACAGACACUCUGAUCGGCUCCGGAAUCGGGAUUGAUCUGGUCUGUCUCUCACCUAUGCCGCUCCAUUCUGUGCCUCUCUUCACAUAUCGCAGCCCUCGCGUUAUGACAGGAGCAAGAGAGGCUGCACUUCCACUUGCGCAAAGAGGACCUAAGGAACUGGGAGCUGAUCGUUUCGAUGACCUCACGCCGAGGCAGACUUCGGCCAAUUUCGGUGCUAUUGGGAGCCCUCGAAAACAACGCCUGGGAAGCAGCUUCAAAGGAAGUACACCUCCACCGGAACUAUCAGAGCUGACGGGUGGCAACUGGAGAUAUGCAAUACCACAUUGGCUGGACGUAUCUUUCUGGUCUGGACCGUCAGACGAGGUGGUUGAACUCUCUCGCGGAAGCAUCUUGAAGAGGCCAUCGUCAAGGACCCGACCGCGAACACAGACGUUCAAUCUGCGUUGUCGCAUGUACGAACUGCAGAUGAUGGGAGUCAUGGAAAACGAGCUCAGCAGCAUAUCGGUCCCAUUUGUGCAUGUUGAUGGCACAUACUCUGCGCUUCUUCGCAAAUACAACGACAAACUACGUUCAACGUCUCGUGGUCUUCGAACUACAUUAUCGUUUGACGAUAUGGACAACGAUAUUGGGCCUGAUUCAAACGAUACAGAGCCACAUCGCCCAAUUAAUGCCAAAGAAAGAAACUACGUCCGAUAUCUCAACACAUUUUGGAUGAAAGCCUACGACGACCAAAACUCUUUACCAAGGUUACCCACUAAAACUGACCUGCCACAACGCUCAGUACCCUCUGCCGAUCAGGGUACUCGUAUUGAAGUCAAGAAACGUACGGACGAUAAAACAUUGAAGGGCAGUACCGGAUCCAGCUCUGCUAAGGGUCUGCCUCGAUUGAAUCUUUUAUCACGGAACAUUAGCUUCGGCAAGAAGGGGUUUGUUCCCGCGGCCAGUGUUAGCAUCAAUCCCGUCUCAGUGGAAUCACCUAGCAUCAGCAUGGGGAAAAUCGCACGCGAGAGAUCAGAUCGCACAUCAGGUACCCCUAAAGCGACAACGGUCGAGUCUUCUUUCUUUCCGCCGCAGAGAACUGAUACACCUUCUCCGGCAAUCAGGAGGAUGUCGAGUUUACUCAACCGGUCUGUUGAUCCCAGUCCACCACCUUCCCGGCUGGGAGAGAUUGAAGAGCACGACACCAACAAGGAAGAGAGGCCUUCACAGCCCAUUACUAUCCGAAGUUCGUCUCAUGUAACGGACAGGGACAGCUCUCCGCCUGUGGAGAGAGCCGCGGGUUCCACUGGAACCAUCAAUUCCGAAACAACCAAGGUUGAUAGCAACCAUAGGACUUUUGGAGCAAGAGACACCGGCUCGCUCUUUCUAUUGGCCGGCUCUAGGGCUCUCCAGAAUCAGACAGGGCCGAAACUGAACCUGUCAACAAGUGGUGGGGGUCCGAUAAUCCCAAAAACGCUGUCACCAACAAAUGCACUCGCUCCGUGGCUGGUGCUGGUCAACCCCUGCAAUCCAAAGAAGAACAACUUCAGCAUUGCAAGCCAAUUCCGGAGAUGGCAGCAUGUCUUUCCACGCCCUCUGCGCACGUCAGAUAUCAAGUGGAAGUCGUUAUCUUCUCCUGCCUCUGUCCCGCUGACGAAUGACUAUUUUCCAACUGCCGAUCAACUCGCCACGGAAUAUCAUGAAAGUCCGUACAAGGUCAUCCAUAACGACGAUGACGAGCCUACAGACAAACUCAAGGAACCUCUUAUCCGCGAGCUGGUAGCAUUCAGGCUCUCGCAUGGAUUUCAGAUCAUCAUAGGCCCAUCGGUAGCCCAGGUAGCUGGAACCCAGACAAAAGUCGAAAACAUCUUUGAUGAGAAGUACAUGUCGCAAGACGGUGAUAGCGUCUACAUGUCUGUUGGAAGUGUCAUUCAUCAACUGGUUUGCAUCAGUGCAGGCGAGGUCGAGGUGAAGAGAUAUCAUCGCAAGCCCACUACUGCGUUAGAGACUCAGGAUGGCGUGGACAAGCCUCUGACGUAUAAGCCUCUGAUUCGAACACAGCUCGCUGAUGGCUAUGCGCCGAGAGAAAUUGUACUCAAACCUCCGAUGGACGAUCUCAACUGGAACCUUGUUGACGCGUUCCUUGCUGGAUACCAGGACGACUUUCUAGAACCUCUUCAUUUCUGGCGAGCAAGAUUUGUUUUGAUCCCCGUUGAACUGCCCCAUAAUACACGUAGACCUGUUCCUGAAGACUCCGAAGAGGAAGUCCGUCUCGAGGGCAUCAAGAAGCUCACACAGCUUUGGCAAAGAAAUCGAUGGAUACCACCCGAGGAGCGUCACCUUCCGAACCUGCCCCAUAAACAGAAGGAUCCCAACCCGUUAGCAAUCGAAUACCAGACCAGAGAUCCGUCUGCUGUAGUUGCUGCAGGUGUGGAGAGCAAGCUGCUUACCGAAGGGGAGCCAGCUCUGUUUGAAACACAGAUCUUUGAGGAUGUGGGCGCGUACCACUCGGACAAGCUUGACCUUGCAAAAUUGGCGCAAGACAUACAGGGCGAGGAUGGCAUACCUAUGCGCGACCGACGAUGGCAUUGGAAACUGCAUUACAACUGUUUCGUUGGUUCAGACCUCACGACCUGGCUGCUGCACAACUUUGUGGACAUUGAAUCGCGGGAAUACGCUGUUGUAGUGGGUAAUGACUUGAUGAAGCAAGGCCUAUUCCAGCACGUACAAAAGAGACAUCAGUUCCGUGACGGUCAGUACUUCUAUCAGAUUGCCAGCGAGUAUCGAGCCCCACGUCCAGAAUCACGUAUGGGUUCCUGGUUCGGGUCAAGGAGAGCGGACAGGUCAGUACCCGCGACGCCUCUGUCGGACAACCCACCAAAAUCGUCGCCUUUGUACCAGCGUUCUAUACGGUCGGGCCGCCCGGAAAGUCGUUCUUCGAAUGGGUCAAAAUCUGAGGAUGGGGAGAAGACACCAACGGGAGCUCAAACGCCGCGACGCCAGGUCAUGCUGAGCCACUCGAUGCGAUAUGAUGUUGGCCAGCGAAAGAGGUGUUACCGCCCGGAGAUUGUGAAUCUUCAUUAUGACAGGCUGCACAAUCCGGACAAUUGCUAUCAUAUCCGUAUAGAUUGGAUGAAUGUCACAUCAAAGCUGAUUGAGGAUGCAAUCAUGAGCUGGGCCUCGACAGUGGAGAAGUUUGGACUGAAGCUUGUAGAACUGCCAAUCGCUGAAGGCUGCGACAUUACCGAGAUCAAUCCAUUCCGCGCUCCUUAUCGCAUUCGCCUCGCUGUUCCGCCGCCAAAACAACAGCCAAAACACUACUUUGACUCGUCCAGCUUCGCGCCUCAAGCCGUCUCUGACGAGUUUGUCUACCACAAGGCCCUUCUGCGCAGUCUCGGGUUCGUGCUGGACGUCGAAUCCGCCGCCUCGUUCCCCGCCGACGUCGACGUCCAGUACAGCUGGGGCAAGCCGGACUACAAAUACACGCAAUUCAUCCACAAGUCGGGCGUGCUGAUUGCGCAAAUCACCACCGACGGCGACUUCCUCCUCCUCGCCAACCGCCUCUACAACAACCGCGCCGCCCUCUCGCGCGAGUCCCGCUUCGACACCGCCCUCAAACUCGACACCUCCUACUCCCGCAACAACCCAAGCAACUCCUACCUCCGCUCCCCAACCAUGUCGCCCAUGGCCCGCCCUCUCCCAGACCCCAUCCCCGUCCCCGCACCUGCCCCUGCCGCACCCGCGCUCAGCGCCGAAGCCCUCUACGACACCGUCCGCCGCGUCUGCAGCGACGAGCUCGCACUCUCCAAAUUCUACGACUCGUUCUACAACGACGACAUUGCGCCGCGCCCGCGCGCCAGCCCCAGUCCGCGCGUCGCCCCCGCACACGGAAGUGGUAGCGCUAGUGGAGGGAGUAGUGGUAUCAGCGCUGCUGCUGCCGACGACCGCAUCCCCAGUCUGGGCUUGCCGCCUAGUUUGCUGUGGCGCGAGGGUAGUCCGAUGAGGAUGGUGGAGAAGGGCGAGGGCGUGCCGAGGGGUGGAGGUGUGGAGGAGGAGGAGUGGACUCCAGCACAUGGAUCUCAGCAGUAGGGGUACGUUGUUGAUAUCUCGACUGCGCACGCUGCUCCACUAUGCAAAUGUAUACAUACAGCUAGUAAUCCUUUGAAUAUGAAUUUUGAC